UUUUGUUUCUGUAAAGUGGAGGGUUUUGGUCUCUUCUCCCAAGUGGUAGGUGAUAGGACAAGAGGGAAUGGCCUUAAACUGCAUCAGAAGUUAAGAUAUGACAUUAGGAAAAAAUUCUUCGCAGGAAAGGUUCUCAAGCACUGGAACAGCUGCCCAGGAAGAUGGUGGAGUUACCAUCCCUGAAGGUGUUUUAAAGGUGGGGAGAUGAAGUGCUUGGGGACAUGAUUAGUAGCGACAGGUACAGUUGGAGUUGAUGAUCUCAAAGGUCUUUUCCAACCUAAUGAUUCUAUGAUUCUGUGAUUCUAUGAUUCUGUGAUUCUAUGAUUCUAUGUUAGUUAUAUUAUGUUAAUACAGUUUUAAAAUUCAGGCUGAAGCUGUGCCACAAUUUGUUCUGUGCUUGCUGUUGGCUGAGAACACAUAAAAGCCUAGUAUGUAUAUUUGCUUACCUUAAAAUCUUUACUUAAAAUCUGUGGAUCUCUUUAUGUGUCUAACAUACAUGUAUAUACAUUUUUCACAAAGGUGAUAAAAUGAGUGAUUUUGAAGAGGAAAACUGCAGGAAAAGCAAUUCUGCCCAGGAAAUAUCUGCAGAAGGAAAUGUCUCUCCUGCUCAGGACUGUUCGCUAAAACAAAAACAAUUGCAACAACUCGAGAAACAAUUAAAAUACUUAGCCUUUCGAAAUCCAGGACCUCAGGUAGCUGACUUCAAUCCUGAAACUAGAGAGCAGAAAAAGAAAGAGUGCAUGUCACAGAUGAAACAAAAUUUUUUUUAUAAGCCCAAAAUUAACAAUAAAUAUGACAAACGUGGCAGGCUGCUCUGUAAUAACAUCGAUUUGUGUGAUUGCUUGGAAAAGAGCUGCCCGGGUUGCUUCUAUCCUUGCCCCAAAUGCAAUUCAAAGAAAUGUGGACCAGAAUGUCGCUGCAAUAGGAGAUGGGUUUAUGAUACAAUUGAGACUGAACCUGGGCAUGUGACCAGCGUUUUCCCAUUUUUUGUCCCUGACUGA